CAAAGGGAAGGUAUCAGGGUGCCAAGUGAGAGCAUGGAGUUUAGAUUGGGUAGCAAGGUUAGAGUUUCUUAACUUGGGUCCAGUGUCCGGGUCCUGGCAUAGAGUUGAAGUUAUGGAUUCUUCUUGGAGUCUGGUGUUCACAGUUGGGGGCUUCAAUCCAGGCAGAGUCAGGGUUGUGGGAUACCAGGUCCCUACAGAUGAAGCUGUUGAUCAGCCUUAUAGUUUCUGAGUCACCGGCGCAGGCUCUGUGUCAGGGGUUCUGGUGGGGUCUGAUUUCUAAGGUUAACAUCUCAGAGAAGGAUAUGAGGUUAGAUUUGAGUGGGCCUGAUUCUGGGGCCAAAAAUCUAAAUCAGAGUUUCUGAUACUUGGGGCCUAUGUCUAGAUAUAUGGUUAGAGUCAGGAUUUAAUUUCUGGGUCUGAGCUGAAGGUUAUAGUUGGAAGUCUUUUUUUUUUUUUAAUAGAGACAGAGUUUCACUUUAUCACUCUCAGUAGAGUGCCAUGGCUUCACACAGCUCAUAGCAACCUCCAACUUCUGGGCUUAGGAGAUUCUCUUGCCUCAGCCUCCCGAGUAGCUGGGACUACAGGCGCCUGCCACAAUGCCUGGCUAUUUUUUUUGUUGUUGUUGUUGUUGCAGUUUGUCUGGGGCCGGGUUUGAACCUGACACCCUUGGUAUAUGGGGCCGGCGCCCUACCCUCUGAGCCACAGGUGCCACCCUAUAGUUGUAAAUCUUAUCCCAGGGUUGAAGAUGUGGAUCUGGAGCCACAGCAUAGGUAGCAGGUGUGGGAAGCCCAGUUCAGAGGUUGAAGGCCAACAGUUGGUGUCCCUAGUCAGAACCCAGGCCUGGGUCAUGAGACAGCCCACAGAAGUCAGAUGUGAAAGAUUUUGCUUUUGGACCUCUGGUCCCACAGGCCCCGCAGGGCGCCCCCCGCCUCUGAGGAUGAGUCACUGCAGCAGCCGUGCCCUGACCCUGCUGAGCAGUGUGUUUGGUGCGUGUGGCCUGCUCCUCGUGGGCAUCGCGGUCAGCACUGACUACUGGCUGUACAUGGAGGAAGGCACAGUAUUGCCACAGAACCAGACCACGGAGGUGAAGAUGGCCCUGCACGCUGGCCUCUGGCGCGUCUGCUUCUUUGCAGGUCGGGAGAAGGGUCGCUGUGUGGCCUCGGAGUAUUUUCUUGAACCGGAGAUCAACUUGGUGACGGAAAACACGGAGAAUAUUCUGAAGACAGUGCGCACAGCCACCCCCUUCCCCAUGGUCAGUCUCUUCCUCGUAUUCACGGCCUUCGUCAUCAGCAACAUCGGCCACAUCCGCCCACAGAGGACCAUCUUGGCCUUCGUUUCUGGCAUCUUUUUCAUCCUAUCGGGCCUCUCCUUGGUGGUGGGCUUGGUUCUUUACAUCUCCAGCAUCAACGAUGAGGUCAUGAACAGGCCCAGCAGCUCGGAGCAGUAUUUUCAUUAUCGCUAUGGGUGGUCGUUUGCAUUUGCUGCUUCCUCCUUCCUACUCAAAGAGGGGGCCGGCGUGAUGUCAGUGUACCUGUUCACCAAGCGCUACGCGGAGGAAGAAAUGUACCGUCCACACCCAGCCUUCUACCGCCCGCGUCUCAGCGACUGCUCCGACUACUCGGGCCAGUUUCUGCAGCCGGAGGCAUGGCGCCGUGGCCGCAGCCCUUCAGACAUCUCCAGCGACGUAUCCAUCCAGAUGACUCAGAACUACCCUCCUGCGAUCAAGUACCCGGACCACCUGCACAUCUCCACUUCUCCCUGCUGAGGUCCCGCUCCUCGAAACUUCCCGCCUCCUUCUUCCUCUUCCUCCUCCUCGUGGGUCCCCCUACUAUGCAGCACCCACUCCCUUCCUCUGGACUUUUCCCUCCCACCUGGAGGAUGCGGAGCCGGCUUUAGGCCCCGCCCCUUUCCUGUAGCCCAAACUCAUUUCAAUGACUCCGCCCCUUUCAGACCUCUCCUCUUCAUUGGUCCUUUCCACUUCCACAUGACUCCUCCCCUUCGUUUGCCCGUCCCUUUGCCCUAAGGACCCGCCCCUUUACUUUGGCCCACUUUCUCCCAGGCAACUAACCUCUUCCGCCUUCUUCCUGCUCCUCUCACCCAACAUCCCGUGGCAUCGCUGGAGCCCAGCUACCCCGACCUCCCACCGCACAGCUGGGGCGCCGGGCUGGAGAAUAGAUUUCAGCAACUACCAGGAAUGCCAGCCAUGCUUUUCUCCCCUGUGCCCUGGACUUCUCUUUUUUCUUACGUAAUCUCACCUCCUGAUCUGCAGGGUACUCCGGUUCAGCCAGAGGACCUGCUACCCCGGCCCACAGCUCCUGAGUGGGGUGGGGGACUGGAGUCUACGGCUGUGGUUAACCUUGGCUUUCCCCCCGCCCUUUCUCUGCUCCCCUGGGAGACCUCAUUCUUUCUCACGGGCUGGGCUCUUUUCUACCUCCUGAAGGUUACCUGUCUUUUAGGGGGCUCUGUCUAGAUCUCCUUGCUUUCUCGGCUGACCUUGGCUUCUUUUUCUUCCUCUUCCUUCUCUAACUCUUUCUUCUCUUUGCCUGCUGGUCCAAAGCAGGUACAUCCAGCCCCGCACACCAAACGACAAGGAUGGGGACCCUAGGUGGAGGGAGUUACCCCAUGCCAUCUCCACACCUGUGCCCGCCUCUCCCCCCUCGAGGCCCCGUCGGGGGAGGGAGGGGCAGUAGCGGGGGUCGACACCCCCCCAAAAC